GGGUUGGCUUGACCGCGUCUGGAGGUAUGUCGCGUCUGUCUGUCACAGCCAGCCAGCAGGGGGGAGGGACUUACUUUGUGAGCGACGUGUCAGAAAACCCAAUCACAUCACCGGUUUUGGCAUCCCGGCCAAUCGGGAAGUUCGUUGGGUUGUCCGGCAAACUUGACUGUGAGAGCUGCGGGAAAAGGAAGGGGAAUAUUUUCGUGGACGUACCUGAAUUAUAUAAGAGCGACAGCUUUCGCUUUUAGUGAAACGUCAAAGAAGAAUGAAGAGAUGUGAAGAGGAUGCGGAGACACAAACACACACACACACACACACACACACACACACACCUGAGCUCGCUGUAAACAUCUGAGGAGUGAGAUGAUAACGGAGCCCACAGCGACAGAUGCAUCCAGGCCAUCAGAGCAGACGAAGGCAAAGUCCUCUGGUGCCGUCAAUCAAUCAGAGGAUGAGUCCGGGAAUGAGAAUCGACAAAAGAACGUGAGAAGAAGGAGAAGAGCUCACGACACCUCAGAGAAUGUCACCCGCAAGAGUGCCAGAGCCGCCAGCAGCGGUGUCGGCAGAGCAGGAGGCGGCGGCCGCGGUAAUACACGGAGGCAUGUGGAGGCCGUCACCCUGUUUGAGGUGGUCACUAUGGGCAGGAGCGCCAUGCAGGUGGUGAUAGACGAUUGGAUCGAGGCCUAUGCCACGGACAGAGACUCCUCCCUCCUGGAUCUCAUCAGCUUCUUCAUCCAGUGCUCUGGGUGCAAAGGUGUGGUCACAGCAGAGAUGUGUCAGAGCAGAGAGGACGGCGAUUUGAUGAGUAAGAUGGUGGAGGAGCUGGACGAGGCCGCGAGUCUGCGCUAUAAAAAGUUUCUGGCCUUUCCGUGGAUCCUCACAGUCACGUGGCCCAUGGAUACAGACGGCGUGGUGGAGUAUCCCCUCGUACAGUCGGGCCCGUACGGCCGCUGGUUUCACUCGGAGUUCUGUGACUUUGUGUCGGUGCUGGUGGCUCAGUAUCAGCAGCACGGCGUCAUCCUCGACGGCUACCUGAUGAACACACUGAUUUCGCUGCUCACCGAGCUGUCCAACUCGUACAUACGGGCCUUCCGACACACGUGCACGCUCGCAGCGGUGAAGCUGCUGAGCUCUCUGGCGGCCGUGGCUCUGAGCCUGAGUGUCGGGACUGAGAACAGUCAGAAACUGUACAAGGUGCAGAAGACGAAGAUGACGAGACAGAAAGGCACAGCGCAGCUGGAGAGAAUACAGAAGAAGAUCACAGAGCUGCAGGAGAAGAGGACGGAGAUAGAGAGCAUGAUGGACGUCAUCUUCAAAGGAGUUUUUCUCAAGAGAUAUCGCGACGCGCUUCCAGAAAUCCGCUCCCUCUGCGUGGAGGAGUUGGGUCUGUGGAUGAAGCUCGACAGCUCUGCGUUCCUCAAUGACCCCUACCUCAAAUACAUGGGCUGGACGAUGUACGACAAAAUACCGGACGUGCGUCUCAAGUGUGUGUUGGGUUUGCAGUGUUUGUACGGAAAUCCUCUGCUCCUCGCGAAACUCGACCUGUUCACCAGCCGCUUCAAGGACCGGAUGAUCUCCAUGACCCUGGAUAAGGACAACGAAGUGGCUGUGCAGAGCAUGAAGCUACUGCUCCUCAUCUCCAAGACAUCUGACGACGUGCUCAGCGCAGACGACUACCAGCAGCUCCUCCGGUUUGUUUACUCUUCACAGCGUCCUCUCGCAGCCGCUGCAGGGGAGCUGCUCUACUCCAGGCUUCUCAACUCUGAUACUCAGGAUGAUCUGAACGAGGAGGAGGAGGCACAUGAACUACCAACUUCUGCCCGACUGAAGGCUCUGCUGCGGUUCCACCAGGAGUCUGAGCUGCACACACACGUGGUGUACCUGGUGGACAGUCUGUGGGACUGUGGCGGAGCUCUGCUGAAGGACUGGGCCACACUCACGUCUAUACUGCUGCAGGACCCCUCCUCGCACGGCCCGGGUCUUACACUGGCAGAACAAGCAGUGCUUGUAGAGAUCCUGGUGGCAUCAGUGCGUCAGGCCUCAGAGGGACCAGUCGUGGUCGGUCGGAGCGGAGCGAAGAAGGUAAUGAGCGCCAGAGAAAAGAAAGUUCAGAUCGACGACAGUACAAAGUUCACCCAACAUCUCCUCCCUGUUCUUCCAAAGUUACUGUCCAAGUUUGUGCAGUUUUCGAGUUACCCGGACGUCGUUGCCUCCCUGAUGAAGAUUCCUCAGUUCUUCCUCCCCGAGUGUCCUGAGGCUGAAAACACACAGGCGGUGUCCAGCCUGGUGGCGGAGAUGGGAAACGUGCUGGACGUCCACUCGGACCCGGCCGUUCUGGAGGCGGCGGCUCGCACGUAUCUGAGUCUGUGCGGGGACGAGGCGACGUGGAGCUCCACGGCCCGGGACGCCAGAGACGCUCUGGUCCAGACCUGGGUGGAGCGGCUCACCGUCCUGCUGGGGGACUCGCUCAAGGUGGAGGAAAACUGUUUCGCUGCUGACGGGGAGAAAACCAGAGACAUUUUAGCCGCUCUGAAGAAACUGAGAGCUUUCCACAACUGUCACGACCUCUCUGGCUGGAGUCUGUUCGAGCUGCUCUCUCCUCUCCUGUCGGUGGAGAGCAGUCUGGGAGGAGCGCCGCCCGAGGUGCUGCUGGAGGUUCUGCAGUGUCUGAGUUACUUCAUGCUCUGGUCUCUCAACACGAGCGGUGAAACUCUGACCUCCAGAGAGAAGGCCGUGGCCCAGAGGCUCCAGCUGCGUCUGUUCUGCGAGAGGAGUCACCACUGUCUCUCCCACUGCGACCACAUCGUGCGGCAUCAGGCGUUUCUGGGUGUGUGCGACGUCCUGACGGCUCACUCCUUCCAGCUUCACGUGUGGGACCCCACCUCCUUCGGCCCGCUGGCCUACACGCCCAGUCCCAGACUGCAGAGGGCGCUGUCGUCCUUUGUGUGCCUGCACGUCUUCGUUGGCCCGGACUGUGACAGUCAGAGCAGAGUCAGUGAAAACUCCGGCGUGGAGAAGCUGGAGGACCUUCACAGACGGAGGAACCUGCUGGCGGCCUUCUGCAAGCUGGUCGUGCACGGCGUGCUGGAGAUGAGCGUGGCAGCCGAGGUCUUCAUGUACUACGUGAAGUAUUAUAACGACUUUGGAGACAUCAUCAAGGAGACGAUGUACCGGGCGAGGCGGACGGAUAAGAUCGAGAGCACUCGCACUCUGGUGCUCUGUCUGCAGCAGCUGUUUGUGCGUCUCAAGAGGGAGCAGGAGAGCGGUGGCGGCAGGGCCCAGCCGGGAGUCCAGACCUUCACCAGCAUCAAGGAGCUGGCCCGGCGGUUCGCCCUCACCUUCGGGGACCUCGUCAAGUUCCGUGAGUGCGUCGUCGUGAUCCACAGGUCCGGCGUAGAGUUUGUGUUCCAAGAGUUCAGCCAGACGCCGGAAACGCCCACGCCGCUGUACCUCUCCUACCUGACCAUCCUCAGCGAGUUCUCCAGCAAACUGCUCAAACCAGACAAGAAGACUGUGUUCUGCUACCUGCAGAAGCUCACUGCGGAGCACGUCACCGACCUCCGAGAGGAGCGCUGGCAGCCGCUCAUCUACUACCGCGCCUCCCUACUGGCCGCGGCCGAAGGGGAGGACGCCGCGUCCUUCGUGAGCUCCGGCAGGAAGCCCCAGCCGCCCAACCGCUCGCCCUUUUCCAAACAAAAACUAGACGGAAGCAAGUUGCCCUGUCCGUUCAGCCCCGCGGACUCCAAAGGUAGUAAAGGUCACAGAUCCAAAUUCAGUCCAAGCCGUCAGGAGAGGACGACGACAGAUGUGGAUCCGUUCUCCGUCCCACUGGAUCCUCCUGCAGGGAAACUGAACACAGAGGGAUCAGUGCUCAGCACCAACCAUGAGGUGGAUGACGAAACUGUGGAGAUUGAACUGUAAAUUAAAAAAAAAAAAAAAAAAAGAGGUUGGGGAACGUCGGUGCUCCUCUACGAACGGACCAAACCUCACCGGACGCCACGAACUCUGAGAGACGGUUCCCUUCUUGUUGUUUUUUGUCAUCUUUGUUCAGACUACCCAGCAUUUAAUUUUUGUACAAUUCUCUAAGACAUGUUUCUUAAACGUUUUGCACAUUUAUUAUUAUUUUUUUUUAAGGACACAAGCUGUAAAGAUAAGUGUGGUGAUAUUCUGUGACUGUCAACAAAUCCUAAAAAAAAACCCAAAAUGAAUUGAAGCUUCUGAGUUUUUUUUUUACAGUAAGUUUCCAAAACAGGAUUGUGACGCAGAAAGUAUUAAAACACAUCAAUAAGUCCGAAAUUACCAUAAACAUGUAAAUCAAUCCCAGUCGUCUUCCUGCCAUUGAUACUCACUACAGCACCACACGCAGAUUAAUCCGCCCCUGAAAGUAGUCCCUGACAUGAGUGCUCAGCUGUUUUUAGGGAACCCCCCAAAAACAUAUAUUUAUGAUUCAUGUUGAUACAUUGUUGGUUUUAUUUACUGUAUAUAUAUAUAUAUAUAUA